UGGAGGCAGCGAAGAGGAUGCGUGCGUCUCCGGUGGACUUGAUUGCUUGCUUGGGAAUGUUUUUAACGAGAAGCCCUGCUGUAGUAGGCCUAUGUGUUUCAAGCAAUGAAACAGAAGUGCAUAAGUAUUUGACAGUCAAAUGUCAUAGUCAAAACGUACUGGACUGACACGAUUCCGCUGGACUUUUUCUUUACUGCCAAGAACGUUGGAAUGAGUCAACCUGCCCUCAGGGCAAUUAAUACGAUUUGGUGAGUGAGAUUGCCUAGCAGUAGCAGCGAUGUCUCGACUGUACUACAGGAGGACAGACAACUCCUCCUACAGGGACCGGAUCGCUCUGAGGAUUGUCAGGGCUGAGUCUGAACUGUCUGUCCUGGAGAAGAACUACCUGGGAGCAGUGGACAAAGGAGACUAUGCCUCAGUCAAACAGGCUCUAGAGGAGGCAGAGAUCUACUUCCGGAUCAACAUUAACUGUAUAGACCCGUUGGGCCGCACAGCUCUGCUGAUCGCUAUUGAGAAUGAGAACCUGGAGAUUAUAGAGCUGCUGCUCAGCUUUAACGUGUACGUCGGUGACGCUCUGCUACACGCCAUCCGUAAAGAGGUGGUGGGGGCCGUGGAAAUGCUGCUCAACCACAAGAAGCCCAGCGGGGAGAAACAGGUUCCUCCCAUCCUAUUGGACAAGCAGUUCUCUAACUUUACUCCUGACAUCACACCCAUCAUCCUGGCAGCUCACACCAACAACUAUGAGAUCAUCAAACUGCUGGUGCAGAAGGGGGUGUCCAUGCCCCAGCCACAUGAGGUGCGCUGUAACUGCAUGGAGUGCGUGUCCAGCUCUGAUGUGGAUAGUCUGCGUCACUCCCGCUCACGUCUAAACAUCUACAAGGCCCUUGCUAGCCCAUCACUCCUGGCUCUCUCCAGUGAAGACCCUUUCCUCACAGCCUUCCAGCUCUCCUGGGAACUACAGGAACUCAGCAAGGUAGAGAAUGAGUUUAAGUCGGAGUAUGAGGAGUUAUCUCAGCAGUGUAAACAGUUUGCCAAGGACCUGUUGGACCAAACCAGAAGUUCCAGAGAACUAGAGCUGAUCCUGAACUACAGAGAUGACAUCAACCCUCUACUGGAUGAGAACACCAACGAUCUGGCCAGACUCAAACUGGCUAUCAAAUACACACAGAAAGAGUUUGUAGCCCAGCCUAACUGUCAGCAGCUGCUUGCGUCUCGUUGGUACGAUGAGUUCCCUGGGUGGAGGCGUCGUCACUGGGCAGGGAAGUUCCUAACCUGUGUCUUCAUCGGCCUCCUCUUCCCCCUCUUAUCCCUCUGCUACCUGGUCUCUCCUAAGAGCCGCUAUGGACACUUCAUCAGGAAGCCCUUCAUCAAGUUUAUCUGCCACACAACGUCGUAUCUCACCUUCCUGUUCCUACUGCUGCUGGCCUCCCAGCACAUCGUCUCUACAGACCCUAACAGACAGGGGCCGCCUCCUACUGUGGUGGAAUGGAUGAUACUACCCUGGGUACUGGGCUUCAUCUGGACAGAGAUUAAACAGAUGUGGGAUGGAGGGUUCCAGGACUACAUCCAUGACUGGUGGAACCUCAUGGACUUUGUUAUGAACUCUCUGUACCUGGCUACCAUCUCUUUGAAGUUCGUUGCCUACGUCAAGUACAGUGGCUUCAGGGCCAGGAACGAAUGGCAGAUGUGGCAUCCUACCUUGGUAGCAGAGGCUGUGUUUGCCAUCGCUAACAUCUUCAGCUCCAUCCGCCUCAUCUCUCUGUUUACAGCUAACUCCCACCUGGGACCUCUACAGAUCUCUCUGGGCAGGAUGCUGCUAGACAUCCUUAAGUUCCUGUUCAUCUACUGCCUGGUGCUUCUGGCCUUCGCUAACGGGCUCAACCAGCUCUACUUCUACUACGAGACAGACGAGGGACUGAAGGGAUGCAAGGGCAUCCGCUGCGCAACACAGAACAACGCUUUCUCAACGUUGUUUGAGACGCUCCAGUCGUUGUUCUGGUCUAUCUUUGGGUUGAUCAGUCUGUAUGUGACCAACGUGGAGGCAGACCACCAGUUCACAGAGUUCGUAGGGGCCACCAUGUUUGGAACCUAUAAUGUCAUCUCUCUGGUGGUUCUACUCAACAUGCUGAUCGCCAUGAUGAACAACUCCUACCAACAUAUCGCUGAUCAUGCAGACAUUGAGUGGAAGUUUGCAAGAACCAAGUUGUGGAUGAGUUACUUUGAAGAGGGAGGGACUCUACCUUCUCCAUUCAACAUCAUUCCUAGCCCCAAGUCAAUCUGGUACUUCAUCUGCUGGAUCAGGAAACACAUCUUCAAGAUCACCAGGGCCAAGAAAACAGAAACAUUUGGAACCAUAGGGAGACGGGCUGCCUUAAACGUAAGAACAAACCAUCAGUAUCAGGAGGUUUUGAGGAACCUGGUGAAGAGAUAUGUAGCAGCCAUGAUCAGAGAUGCCAAGACAGAGGAAGGACUGACUGAGGAGAACUUUAAGGAGCUGAAGCAGGACAUCUCCAGCUUUAGGUAUGAGGUCCUGGGGAUGAUGAAGGGGAAGGUGGGGCCCGGGGGUGGGGGCGUGGCAGAAAGUAAACCCAGUGAAGAGGCAGGGGCCUCCAUUCUGGUCUACCCUGACCACUCCUUCAAGUACUCCCCCAAGUUCUCCCCAGCCACGCCUAAGACCAACAUGUUUCCCGACACCACAUCCAUACUCCAGCAGAGAGCAGCCCUCUCCUCCACCUCCUCCACAUCCCCUUCCAACUCUCAAGGCUUGAACCGACUGGUCAACGGCUCUGUGGUACCCUCUUGGGCCUCCACUGACACCUCCUCCAGCCCCACCUCCUCCACUCCCAUCUCCUCUUCCUCCUCCACUCCCAUCUCCUAUUCCUCCUCCACUCCCAUCCAAUGCUCCACCAAAGACAGGCUGGCCAGGAAAGACUUUCCCAAAGACAUCUGUGACUUUGGGCUCUACUCUGUGUCUGAGGAGAUGGGAGAAGUUCACCUGGAGGAGCUGGACUGUGAUGGAGAGAAGGAGGAGCAGGGUGGAGCGAGGGAGAGGACGUGUACAGAGAAGGAAGAGAACGAAGGGAGGGGAGAGUGAAGAGAGAAGGAGGAGCAGGGUGGAGCGAGGGAGAGGACAUGUACAGAGAACGAAGAGAGGGGAGAGUGAAGAGAGAAGGAGGAGCAGGGUGGAGCGAGGGAGAGGACGUGUACAGAGAAGGAAGAGAACGAAGGGAGGGGAGAGUGAAGAGAGAAGGAGGAGCAGGGUGGAGCGAGGGAGAGGACGUGUACAGAGAAGGAAGAGAACGAAGAGAGGGGAGAGUGAAGAGAGAAGGAGGAGCAGGGUGGAGCGAGGGAGAGGACGUGUACAGAGAAGGAAGAGAACGAAGGGAGGGGAGAGUGAAGAGAGAAGGAGGAGCAGGGUGGAGCGAGGGAGAGGACGUGUACAGAGAAGGAAGAGAACGAAGGGACGGGAGAGUGAAGAGAGAAGGAGGAGCAGGGUGGAGCGAGGGAGAGGACGUGUACAGAGAAGGAAGAGAACGAAGGGAGGGGAGAGUGAAGAGAGAAGGAGGAGCAGGGUGGAGCGAGGGAGAGGACGUGUACAGAGAAGGAAGAGAACGAAGGGAGGGGAGAGUGAAGAGAGAAGGAGGAGCAGGGUGGAGCGAGGGAGAGGACGUGUACAGAGAAGGAAGAGAACGAACAGAGGGGAGAGUGAAGAGAGAGAGUCCACGUUAAAACAGACUGUUGAGGAUGAGACGUGGAAGGACUUAUUUUAAUGUAUCAUUAUGAUGAGUCUUCUUGGAGGCCUGUGUAGUAGCUCGCCUUGCUUCUCCAGAACCAAUUCGGCUCUCAGACUAAUAUAUUCUGGUCUAUAAGACAGAAUGUAUAAGCUGGAAAACAGGAGACAAGAAGUCUGUUUCUUGGUCUGUGUCCCAAAUAGCACCCUAUUCUCUAUUUAUUAACAGACCCUGUCUCUGCUGCUUCUCCCAGUCAGCCCCCUGCUAUUUGCAAAACAAUCCUUUGCCAUAAUGUAUAAUGGAAAACGCUAAUAAAUCUUGCAGGUAGAUCUAUACAAUGUCACACAUUGGCAAAUAACUAGUUGGAUGAUGCUGUCUAGUCUAUUAUCUCGGGUGUUUCCCAAAAGGCACCUUAUUCCCUAUAUAGUGCACUACUUUUGACCAGAGCCCUAUGGAGUAACACAUGGAGAAGUAUGCAGGUGCUCGCAGGGCUACUCCUGAUGCUCGCAGGGCUACUCCUGAUGCUUGCAGCGCUACUCCUGCCCCCCUCCAACCAAGCCUUCACAUGCCCUGUCUGCCACUGCAGCUGGAAAUCCAGGAUUGGGCUCCACUACCACCAGAAGACCAGAAGUAGGGCCUACAGAAGAUUGGUUUUCUAUGCAAGCGAGUAAGACCUUUAGAAGCAAUGUUUUCUUUCAAGUGAAAUCCCACAAGAGAUGCUAUACUGUACAUGUAGGGGAGAGUGGGGUAAGUUGAGCCCCCCUUGUUUCUGGGGAACCAUACACCAAAUUAAUAAUUGGACCAAAUGUUUAGGAAGAGGUAAUUUUAUGGAUUCUGUGAAGAUGCAUGGGAAAAUUAGUGAGCAAAAAUGGAUUUUCACCAAGUCAAAUAAAUGUAUUGUGUUAGAGGUUUCAUGAUGCUUGUAUCUAAACAAAAGUAGAUAAUUUUAAGAUUGUUCUAUACAUCAGUUGAGGUUAUAGGCUGCAAUAUAGAGUCCUAAACCUAGCAUGAAAGUACACCCUAGUAGCUGUGUUGGCUAAUAUGUCAAAAUGUUUGCCUUGGUGUAGGUUUUGAGCCAAUGGCCAUGGGGUAAGUUGAGCCAAUGGCCAUGGGGUAAGUUGAGCCAAUGGCCAUGGGGUAAGUUGAGCCAAUGGCCAUGGGGUAAGUUGAGCCAAUGGCCAUGGGGUAAGUUGAGCCAAUGGUCAUGGGGUAAGUUGAGCCAAUGGUCAUUGAGUAAGUUGAGCCAAUGGCAAGUUGAGCAAAUUGAAAUGUUUUCUUCCCAGGCCUAUUGCAAGGCAUUAUCGCUGGGAUAGGAGGUAACAACAGAGACUGGCCUAUGUUAAAUAGUGCUUUAAAAUGUACAUUGUUUUUUAGGUGUUAAGCCUGUGUUAAAAGAUGCUUAAACUUAUUUAAAGACAAAAAAGUGAUUUUAAUUGUUUUAAAGAUGGUUUUUAAAAGUUAGUGGUAAUAUUUCAUUCAGUACAGAAAUGUGAAGGCGUCUUAACUUACCCUGUCCUGUAGCACAACUUACCCCAUACCCAAGGUAAGUUGUGCCAAGAGACCACUUUUUUUGGACAAGCUAUGUUUUUAAAACUGUAAUGUUUACUGGAAUUCUGAUUAUUUCCAUGGAUACACAACAUCCUGAAAUAUAUGUAGAUAUCUUUGUUAGAAAUAAUACUAUAUUUCCCUUGAUGGAGUGAUACUGAAUGUAAAAAAUGGCUCAACUUACCCCACUCUCCCCUACAACUGAAUGUUGACAUGGCUUAGCUUGUGAAAUCCAAUUCCUUAGCAGUUAGCUUUUGUGAGGAAUUCCCCACGUUCUUACCAUAUGAUGCUAUACUCAGUACUGACAUUAACACUGCACACCAACUCAGCUCCCAGCAUCCCAUUGUUAACCUUAAAGGGGAAACCUGAGAUUGGUACAUCCAUUUGUGCAUAUUUUUAUAGCUCUGUUUAUGAAUGUAAGUAUAUUUCUUUCUUUCGGCCCAUCCCUCAGCUUUUUAUUACAACAAGUAGCAGGGUUGCCACUGUUGUUUUUGGAAUCACAAAUUUGCCCUUUAAAUUACUAUACUUGGACUCUCAGCAUCCCAUUGUUAACCUUAAUGACAUAAUACUGCAUUCACAUAUGAAAUAUGAAAUGGUAUUCUGUUAUUCUGAUAUGCAAGUUGGUUAGAUAUGUAUAAUUUCUGAGGGAGUGCUAAUGUUGCCAGUAUUUUUAUUGUAUUUUAUUUCUGGCAUUCAUUCAAGCUCCAGAGGGCUAUACAACAUGAAUCAAUAAACAUAAUAUGUUUUUAACAUAAAUGAUUUGAA